UUCAUAUUAUAAUAUAUUCACCUUCACACGCACGCACGACAACGUUGCCAAAGUAUACGCGAUACUCAUAAGUACCAAUUGAUGUAGUGUAGAAUAGUAAUUUUUUACCGUUUGAAACUAUUCACAGCCGAAUGUGAAUAGCGCGCUUAUACAAUUAUAGAUAACUAAAUUAUAUAAUAUUACUCUAUCCGCACAACCACGCGUACCGUUGUGGUAUCUAUAUAGACGACUCCCGCAAGACCAGAGUAUCUCAUCUGCAGGUAUCUUUCCUUCGUUGCGAUAAUAUUGAAUUACAACACAAUAUCGUUCACGUACAAUAAUAAUCAUAGUAAGAGUUUACCACCACCUCGAUGGCCGAAACACUGUGUUUCUUCGGACUGACGACCGUCCGCGUGGGCGCACGUGUCGUUGCUUAUUUGCAAUUCUGGUCGCAAUUGCUAGUCAUCACGCUGUUGAUGUUUAAAUAUUUCAAUCAAUGGUUGGACACAGAUGAGAGUCCCACUUCCUCGAACACGAAUGCGACUUCCUCGAACACGAAUGCGACUGCCGCAAACCAGACGUCGACACCAAUGAAAUAUUACAGCGAACUGGAUUUCGACAUCUCGAUCUUUUCACAACUGUCGGGUUCACUGCUGAUUAUGUACACUAGUUACUAUUUGAGAAUAGCCACGUACACUCACAACUUAAUGUACAUCAAUUUUUGGAUGAUACUCAACUGUCUUAAUUUCCUUACAUCAGUAGCGUUUAUCAUUUUCGCUGCAUGGAGAAUUGGAAGGUUUGCAAUAUUUUUUACUGGGUUGAUAGGAUGCUCUGCAAAUGCAUAUAAAAUAUACGUCGUCUAUCAAUUUUACACGGACGAAACAUUAACAGUCACGGUCAACGAUAUCCAAAACCCGCCGAGUAAUGGAGAUCAGUCGUUACCCCAGAAUCACGCAACUGUAGAAAUCAGAACAGAAACAAUCAGUGUGAACGAUCACGGCAGACCCACUUUGGACGUAAAAAAUAUUACACAGACCGCUUAAAUAGACACGACAAUAAAUCACUGAACCACUUAAGUCUUUGAAGUUUAAAAUUUGAAAAUUCAUUAGUGGCCAAAAAUACAGUGGUCUUGCUCUUGAUUAUUAUAAUACCAAUUUCAAAACAAUUAUGUAUCUCCAGUAUUAUAAAUUAUCAAAUAUUACAUUUAAAUAUCAUGAUAUAGAUAAACAAAAAUUGUGAUUGUUACAUGCAAAAAAAGCAUAGCAUUUAAUAAAUACGAUCAUAGUAUAACAUUAUGUAACUGUGCGAGUGUGUCAUUUGAGAAAAGUGACAUAGGUAUCGUGUAUAAAGGAAUUUUAUAAUAUUAUCGUAAGUCUGAAAUGUCGGCUCCGGGUUUAUUGCAGCGUAUCGCCGUGUUGAUUGUAAAUUAUAAUAUUAGAUAGGUAUUAUUAUUACCACGUAAUUGUAUAUGAUUGUUAUUAUUUUCUUAAUUAAAAAUUAAUGAACGGUUCAUAUUAUGAUCUACCUACUAUGAUGAAGUUUAGUAGUUUAUUGAGAUCAAUUAAUACCUACUGUAAACAUUUACUAAUAUUAUAUAUACAUAAUAUAACCUACCGUUUCGUCUUGACGUGUUGUA